UAAUUGGUUCACACGAUGAUCCUGUUAUAAUGGAAACAGAAUAUUUAGCUGAUGAAGCAUUUAUCACUACACCGACUGCUAAUAGUAAUAUUACUUCACAAUUCUUUCAAGAAUGUAAUCAAUUACAGCAUAAACAAAAAGAAUCAUCUUAUAUGCAUCAUCAUCAAAAGCGUCCAUCAUUAAUGAAACAAACUACACUAGAUUGUAAUACCAAAGAUGAUAAUUGGCAUUCUACUUCAAUUACAACUAGUACUACUGAUAGUGCUGACAUUUGUAAAGUGGUUUCAUGUUGUGUUGAUAUACCGAUAGUCAGAAAAAAUCGUUCCUCUUCAAAAUUUCAACGUAAAUCAAUGGAUUGUACAAAGUUAUUAACUUCGAAAUGUCGUGAUUUAUCAUUGAUCGAUUGGAAAAGUAGACAAAUUAUACCAGCAUCAAGUUAUCCUGGAUUAUUUACUGCUACUACCAUUACUACGGUUCCAUUAAAUAAAGAUGUCGAAUG